AUGGCUUGGUGUUGGUUAUGGGCGCUCUGCUUGGUGCAAUCGGUGGUGCCAGCUUUGGCAAUGGACAUUGUCGGAGAAGUUAACCGCUGCUUAGCUCUGUUGCUGCUUGGUGUCGCCUUUUACCUCGCCUUCCUGUACAGGGAUCGUGUGGUCACAUUGAUGACGGGGGACGAUCGUGUGCACUGCGAUUUGAAUUCCAGUAUCUGGCAAGUUCUCACGUGUUGCCGUUUUUGCGAGGGUGAGUGGACUCGAGCAUUGACAUCUUCGUGCUGCUGGCCCUUUCGCAGUUCCAAAGGCAAGAACCUUUUGCACCUGUUGGGGCAGCGCUUGGGCCUUGUCCAGGUUCCGAUAGAACUUACGAAUAUCAUUGUCGGAGACCUUCCAGCAGUUCGGUCUGGCGACUUCUAUCUGACAGUCGAAACAAGCAGCAACCCUCCACAAAUCACAGCCGUGGUUGAGAACUGCGAUCCGAAAGUGGUCAAUUUUCCCGAUUCGCUCAUUAUCAAAGUGCGGAGGUCAACUCUAGACAGCAACGUACGUUUUGUUGUGAAGAAGAUGCAUGCAGUGGGCAGUGUGGAGAUCUGCGAGUGCUACAUCAGUCCCAAGAUGCUGCUGUAUUGGAUGGAGCAUGAACAAGGACCAGUUCGCAUCCGCAUGGAGCCUUGCAGAAGAGACUACAACUUCACUCUUCCUGCUUGGAUCUUGAUAGAGUUGCGGGAGCAUCUCGCACCCAGUCGAGGCGUCAGCCAAUUUGAUCUCACAGUCCGCGAUGCCAAGACUGGCGACAGCAUUGAUUACGAUGAUGCCCACAACUUCAAAAGGACAUACGAGUUGCUUCAUGUCACUGGUUUUCGAUCUCAAGAGCCAGACGAGACCUUGGUUGGAAACAUUGACACGGCCUAUCGUCGCAAGGCUAUGUGCUUGGGUCAACUCUUCAUGAUGCUGCUGUUGGGCUCCGGGACCUUUAUGGUUUCGAGAUUGUAUUGCAUGGCUUGCUUUCAGAAGUAUUCCGAGAUCACGGUGUUGAACAACUUCGGAGUCUUGUUCCCCGUGUUCGAACAUGACAAGACCUUCUACAGGGAAAGAUGCAAUCUCAACUCCAACUUGUUCGUGGGCAUGUUCGAGGAUGACGUGCUUUUUGGGCAGGCUCUAUCAAACGAGAAGGUGGAUCCCAACUGCACCGUGACUCGCGAGCAAGUGAUGCACACCUGUGACGACCUUCCCAUUGGAGCACGCCAUCCGAAUCUUCGGAUCAGCCUCGGUUUCUUCGACGUGUACAUUCCCUGCUUUCAGCAGACUUGUCCAGUCGAUGAUGUUCUUCGGCACUGGGGCAGCUGGCAUGUCGUGUUCGUGGUGAUCAUAAGCGUCCUCGAAGAGGGGAGGCCGCGUGCCGGCCAGAGGCCCGCCGCCGGCAUGCCUCCGAAGCAAGGAAAUGCUACGCGGGCAAAAGAGAUGGAAGAAUACGACAAGGAGCAGUUCAUGCUCAUGCAGCAGCGGCACAAGCUGCAGAAAGACACGCAGCUUGAGGUCAGAAAUACCAAGUACAACAUGAGCCGGAUUCAGGAAAGCUGGCUGAAGAUCAUGCGCUCAGCGAAGACCAAGCAGCUGAAGAAGCAGGUUGAGAUCAUCUCCCAGAACCACGAGCGCGACGUUGAUCGCAAAGAUGCCAUUCUCCAGAUGUUAGAUCGAGACCUGGAUGAGGCUGAGGAGCAACACCAGGUGGCUGUGAGAAGCCAUCUUCUCAACGUAGAUCGCCUUUUGGAGAUACAGCAGAGCAGGCUCCUUGCUUUGGACGAGGAGUUCCAGCGAGAUGUUGCCACGCUCAGGGAGGAGUUCCGAAUAGAGCGAGAGAACAUCCAGGAACGACAUGCAUUGGAGAAGCGAGAACUCGCUCUGAUAGUAGAACAAGUGGAGCGUGAGGAGAAGAACCGCGAAAUGGCGGAUAUCACCGACCACCAAUCCCAGUUUGAACUCAUCCGCAACAAGAACAUCGAGGAGGACCACCAGAUGCGUUCUGGGCUGGAGGAGCAGAUUGAGGAGACUCGUGCAAGGUGCAAAGAGAGACUGCAAGCCUACGAAAAGUCGACUGAAAGCAGCACGACCGAGUACAAGGACAUGUUGCGGCUGCUUAAGGAGUUUGAGGCGUGGAGAUCCGCCGUUGCUCCCUUUGCCUUCGGUCUGUCUUUGGGUUUGAGCAGCUUUGCUUUGGCACAGCUCAGCCGGCGCCUGUGGCGCCGUCUUCAGCGCCACCGAAAGGGUCGGUUUGACCCUGCGGCGUCUGACGGGUCCCUCGGGCACGCGCUCGUCCAAGCAGCGGCACGGGGCCCGGAAGGUCUGGAUGUGAAAGCGCGUGCCGCCUACGACCUCAUACGGGCGGCAGCAGAAGCUGGCGUCAAGGAGUUCUCUUCUAGCCGUCUCCUCAGCUGCGGAGACUUUGCAGCCGUCGGCCGAGCUGCGGCCAAAGCGCGCAAAGAGCUGGUUGUGCGUGCCGCGGAAGAAAUCCGAUCUGGGAGUGCUGAUGUGGAUGUAGUGGCGGAGUUCCUAGUCGACUCUGCACUGACGAGGGCUGCACGCUGUGCCCAUGGAGGUGGAGGUAUUUACUCAGAGCUUUGGCUCCUGGAUGAGGGCAGGGCGACUGUCGAAAACAUCCGGACGGCCAAGAUGGCGGAUGCUCUACAGCAGGAGGAUGGCAGUGCUGUUGCACGUUUGCUUGCUUGCAAGGAUAUCUUGGUCGACGAGCGGCCACGGCAAGAGGGCCACGAAGCGCCGCUUUUUGCACAGGUACAACCCUAUGUCUUCACCAGAUCCACAUUCCUAGCCCUCCUAGAUGUUUUUGAAGUCUUCCACCAGCGCCGUGGGCAGAUUGGGGAGUACACUGCGGAGGAGCGGGGGAAGAUCGAAAAACUUCUGGAUGUGGUGGACCGCACACCCGUCAUGCGCCGAGCUCGUGCAGAGGCCUCAAAGCUUGAAGAUCUUACGGACGAAUCUUGGCGCCGUCACAUGUGGAACAUUUGGUUCCAGCGACAUCCCACAAGCCCAAAGUGCGGCUUCGAGCAUGUCUUUGUUGGUGAGGCCACGGAGGACCUGCAGGGACGUGGGGUGGUCGGAGGACUGCACAACUGGGUGAAGUUCUACCUGGAGGAGCAGCGAGGUGCCGCGCGCUACUUGGGUGCGCGGUACAAGGGCCGGACAACCGUGUCCGAGGGAGCUCUGAACCCCUACUUUGUAAGCGGCCGCUUCACUUGGGACCUCGAGGGGAAGCAUUUGAUUAAGGACGUCGGCGGAUUCUUCGUCGGUGUGUCACCUGAGUGGCAACUGGCGAUCGCCACGACGGCCUUUUUCGAGACGCUGACACCCGAGCGUGCUGUGAGACGCCAGUGGAGUCGUGACUUCAUGUCAAGGGAUGUUGGGUACAUGCGGGCAGCGAGACUUGGUGACCAUGUGUACCGGAUAUGCAUCCGACGGAACGAGCACGGGAAUUUGACCACGUUCUUUGCGGCGCAGCUGGGCACGUGGGAUGCACGGGCACGUGCGGAGCUCGACGAGCCUCUCACUCCAGAAGUCCUGAAACAGCGAUUGCAGCCACUGUUGGUCCUGCAUGGUUUCGCCGACGAGGAGGACCUGUUGCGGCUUGCAACUCGGGUUGCUUCAGCCGGCGCGUGCAACUUGCGAGACGCGCUGCGACACCUGCAUGCGGAGUUGACCUUUAGCUUCUCCGAUGCGGCGCAAGCGGAGAGCAAGAUUGCUGGUGCCUCCUCUACAGCACUUGAACGGGCAGCCUCCGUGCACGUAGCUGUAGCUUGCGUGAAUCGCCACGCCGACGAGAGGAGCAAGGUAAGGGCCGGUUUCGGGGGUUUCUUCGUGCUUCUUGCAGUCUUUCAGCCCAGCCGAGGCGACCUUCCGCUUCUCGUCGAAGAGCUCAUCGCUGCCUUCGACCGGGGCCGCCUCCGAAGCGACGCCUGGGAGGAGCUGACGGCCGAUCUCUCCAAUGCAACGGGUCUCAAGGGCAAGAAGCUUCUUCAGGCCCUGCGCUUCACGCUGACUGGCCGUUUGAAAGGACACAGCCUUCCUGAGCUGAUCCAGCUGCUGGAGCUGAUGGAGCGCCUCGGUGCCCCUUGGAGUUCCGAUGUACUGCCUUUGGACAGACGAGUUGCGGAACUCCGGACGUGGAGCGAAAUGGCCCGCGCUGCCUGCACGACAAAGCUCGAAGUGGAGUACCUUCGUCGUGAUGCAUCUCUCAGUGACCAGGUUGAGCGGCGGCUGCGGCAGGUGGAACGCAUGCAGGCUGCCAUCCAGCACUGGAAGCAGAAGAUCGCGCAGAACCGGCAGGAGUGCGAGGAGCGGAAUCAGCAGCUCCGCACAGAGAAGGAUCACAUUGCGAAGCACUUCCAGGAGCUCAAGGCGAAGAUGAAUCACUUCCGCACGGAGGGCAAGAAGCGCCUCGCAGACCUGACAAUGAAUGCCAGGAACUGCAUCAAGUCCUUGAAAGACCAGCUGGGUCUUGCCGAGAGGAUCUUGAAGACUGCAGAGCUUUGCAGGAAGUUCGAGACAGAGCGGGAGAAGGUGCUCCCGUUUUAUCUGUCGCGUGACAUCCUCCAAGAGUUUGAGGAAGGUGAGCUCGAAUUUGGAGAUGAGGACCUCAAAGAGGAAAUCCGAAAAGAGCUUACAGACGUUGGCAUCGAUGAGUGGACCUACUUGGACAAUUUCUUUAAGCGUUACAACAAGGUGAAGCUAGACUUCCAUGCAGUUGAACAGGAGGGAAAGCGCCUCACAAAGGAGAAUGUACAGUUGCGUUCCAUCCUGAAGCAGUUCCUCGACGGAGUAAGUGUGAAUGAGGAUGUGCUGUCGGCACCAAAUCCUCUGCUGGUGGUGAAUGGCAAGGUGAAUCUGAACCACGUGCCAGUCAAGCGUGCAGCAGACAAGACUGUGUACGUGGAGGCAGCGCACCAUGCUGGCAACACCGUUGUCAGGCGCUGA